AUGGACACCAAAGGGCUCCCCAUCCCAGAGCAGUUUGGAUUUAGAGCCAAACACUCAUGUACCCAUCAAGUGCACCGCAUCACGGAGCACAUUUUAACUAAACGUCAACGUGGACUCAACACCGGUGCACUCUUCCUGGACGUGGCAAAAGCGUUCGACAAAGUCUGGCACAACGGGCUCGUAUACAAGCUAUACGGGUACGGAGUGUCCGACCGUCUCGUAUGCAUAAUUCGAGACUUCCUAAGUAAUCGAACCUUUCGCUAUCGCGUCGAGGGCGUGUGUUCGACUACGCAUCCCGUUCGAGCCGGGGUGCCCCAAGGGUCUGUGUUGGGACCAUUCUUGUUCACUCUCUACACCAAUGACAUGCCGCGUGUCAAAGAUGUAGAACUUGCUCUUUUUGCCGACGACACCUGUAUCUAUACCACAGGCAGAACACCCGAAUUGAUCCAUCGACGCCUCCAAGCUGCGGCCAUCACCAUCGGUGACUGGUUUCGGCAAUGGAGGAUCGAAAUCAAUCCCGCCAAAAGCGCGGCAGUCCUUUUCGCGCACAAAAAGAACAUACCCAUUCCACCCCCCGUUAAACUCUUGGACAGCCCAGUACCAUGGGUUAAUAAAGUCAAAUAUCUAGGCGUCGUCCUCGACUCCCAGCUUAAAUUCACCCAGCACGUGACCCAGGUCAGGAACCGGGCGGCCUUCGUAUUCGGUCGCCUCUACCUCAAUAAAACGUCUAAAAUGUCCCUUCGGAACAAGGUGACCUUAUAUAAGGCAGUAGUUCGCCCUAUCAUGACGUACGCGAGCCCCGUCUUCGCUCACAUUGCUCCGAAGCAAAUACACCGGCUUCAGGUGAUUCAAAAUCGAUUCUUGCGCAGAGCCACGGGAGCACCCUGGUUCAUGCGCAAUAUCGACCUACAUAUCGAUCUAGAAUUGCCCACCAUCGCGCAACUCCUGAAGUCGGCGUCGCGCCGAUAUUUCGAUUCCGCCGCCGCGCAUCCCAACUCACUUAUCGUAGGUGCCGUCACCUACAGGCCCUUGCCGCUAAAUAUUUUCCGCCGCGACUACCGAAGACCGCGUCACGUUCUCGACUUCCCUGACGAUGAGACGACGAUCGCCAUCGAAAGGAUCAAAAAACUCAAGAAACACACCAACACACACCGCACUCGCCGGCGAGUGCGGCAAACAUGUACUAGGUUCCGCCACGUACCUGGCAGGUUUUCCCCUAUUAAUGAUAGAAGCGUUGCUGGAGUUUCUUCCGCCACUUCUUCUCCCAGCGCCAACGCUCUCCGAAGUGGUAGUAAUGUUAGCUCUAGUAAUUCCCCCAGUCAGAUAAUAGCUACCGAUCGAGCCGAGGUCCGGCCCUCUCGGGCACCCUCGAAUCGGAAUGCUAAACGCGUGCUGAGUGACAGCCCAAGCCGAGGUCCCCUCUCGGGGACCCUUGAGCCUGAUCACUCCAUGGAGCGCCCGCCAAAGCGCCCUAAGAGCUUGGCGGCCUCCCAAACCGGUGAUAACGAGCCGGCCCGAGCCGAGGCUCCCCCGGGAGCCCUCGAGCUUAGUCACCAUAACGCG